CGCUCGCCAGUCCCGACUCGCCCCAAGCUAACUCAAGAAUACCCACACUAGCGAAUCUCCACGGCUCGACCCCUAGUCUCCAUUUUUCCUUGACAGAACCCUAAACACUGCCACCUCCCGUAGUCACAGUGGGCGCAAGAUGCCGCCGCGCGCCGCCAAGAAAUCUUCGGCUAAGAAGCGAUCUGCGAUGGCGAAGAAUCCGGCGUCGGCUUCGGAGUCUUCCCCGGCGGACGCUUCAACCUUAGUUGUCGGUGAGACGACACCAGAGCCAGAGGCCCUCUCCGCCGUUCCAGAUAAGGAUGCGUCAGAAGCCGAUGCAGAGAGCGGUGAUGCUCUAGCUGAAGGCAAGACCUCUCCGUCUCCCGCCAUGGUCGAGGAGCCAGCUGCCCCGAUAGGUGAGGAUUUGAUUUCUCCAUCGAAAUCCGAAGAGCCUUUGGAGGAUGCAGAUGCUGAGUUGGAGGGUGAGGAGGCUAGCGAUGUGGUGGCAAAGAUGGAGGUGGAAGAAGGUGUUAAAGAAACCUUUGACAAUGUUGUUAACACCAGAGAUAAGGUUGAGUAUGAAGAUACUGAUGCAGAUGAUGCUGAAGAUGUUGAUGGUGAUGAUGAUAACGCCAGUGAUGCUGAUGUUGAGAAUGUUGAGAAUGAUGAUAAUGAUCACACUCUGGAUAUGCAGGCUGCUCUAGCUGAGGGACAAAAUCAAAAAGGAUCCCAGAUAUUUGUUGGUGGACUGGAUAAAGGAGCAGUUGAGGAUGAUUUGAUUAAAGUUUUUGGUGUCUUUGGAGAGGUCCAGCUUGCAAGAAUAGUUAGGAAUACAACAACAAAAAAAAGCAAGGGAUUUGGAUUUAUCCGUUUUGCUAAUAGUGAACAUACCAUGAAGGCUCUUGCUGAACUGAAAGAUGGAACAGAGAUAAAUGGAAAACAUGUUCGCAUACAAGCCAGUCAGGAUAACGCGACGCUUUAUCUGGGGAACAUCUCCAAAACGUGGACUAGGGAUAACGUGAUCGAGAGGUUGAAAAGCUUUGGAGUCGAACAAUUUGAUAACCUGAUUUUACCCAAGGACACCAUGAAUGAAGAAAAAAUUAAGGGUUUUGCAUUCUUGGAAUUUAAUUGUCAUUCUGAUGCAAUAUUAGCAUUUCAACGCUUAAGAAAACCAGAUGCUGAUUUUGGUCGAGACAAGACUGUAAAAGUUGCCUUUGCGCAUGCUUCAUUGCAUCCCAGUGAAGAUGAUCUUUUGCAGGUCAAGACUGUGCAUCUUGAUGGCAUUCCUCUAUCUUGGGAUGAGGAGAAGGUCAAAGAAAUUUGCGAAGAAUAUGGUCAAAUAGAAAGAGUGCAGCUUUCUCGAAAUUUCAGUUCAAGAAAAAGGAAAGAUUUUGGGUUUGUUGAAUUCUCUUCUCGAGAAAGUGCAUUGGCUUGUGUGGAAGGGAUAAACAAAGCUCAAAUUGUUGAUGGAAAAGCCAAAGUCAUAGCUAAUCUUGCCAAACCUGUGAACAAGGGCCGGCUUGCCAAGCAAGGUUCCAUCCAAGAAGCUGGUGGUAUUGUGAAAAAGAGAAAAGCCCCUGAGGAGAUUUUGCAGAAGGAAAAAAAGCGUAACCCAAAAAUUGCCAGACUAAACAAGCCAUCUACUUCUCAGAAAAGAGACUCUAAGGGUAAAAGUGGUCUGCAGGUAAAGAUGUCUAUCAGAAGGAAAAAAAAUAAUGGAAAGGUCACUGAUAGUGAUAUUAGUGGCCGUUCUUCAAAAAAGAUUCGCCAAAAUCAUAGUUACGGUAAGGUACAUGAUCGACACUUUUAUGGUUUAGGCAAUCGUAAGAGGGCUUACUCUGCAAUUAGAGAUGCGAGCUACGGUGCACGUACUUCAGCAUAUCCAGCAAGAUAUGCAUAUGCUGGAGCUUCUGAACCUCAACUUCGUCCCUCUGAUCUAGUACCCCAUGCUGGAUAUCUUCCUGCUCUGAAUCAAGGCGUAAGUACUCAUGCAUAUGAUCAAAGAAGAUCUGGAACUUACAGUAGUGAACUAAGGAGCAAUUUUGGAUCUGGCAGAGCAAUUUCAGGAGUGCCGACCUCCUAUCAGUCAGACUAUUCUAUUUAUCAGGGAGCUGGCUAUAGGCAUCAUAGCAGUGGAGCUUAUGCCCCACGAGGACCAUAUUAUUACUGACGGCUUCUUCGCUAUUUAUAUGGUUUUCACUGGAAAGACGAAUUGGUGGCAUAAUUGUGUCCUUUGUAAACUUGUCUUUCUAUUUAGAUUUCCCAUAGAUGGAAAACCAACCUUUGGUAUAAUUAUUUCCCUUUUUUUCUCCACCCUGUUUGCUUCUGGACUUUUAAAUGGUUCUAAUAUUUCCCAAAAUUCUCUUAUUGGGGAAAGCUUGUUAGGCAAAUUUUAUGUUUUUCUUGUUGAGGAUUAUGGAAGAAGUUCAAACGCCAAUAUACUAACUAUAUUGAAGUUUUAGUUUUCUAUU